UUUUACCACAUGAUAUUCUUCGAGCCGGUGCUCUCCUCAUCUUCUCUGCGUUCACUACUAUGCGAGGACUGUAGCGCGGACUUCAGUCGACAUGGACAAGCAACUGGAGCACAUCCAGUUUUGGUGUUUACUGGGAUUUUUGCAGUUCGCACCGUUGACAGUGGGGUUCAGCUUCGACAUUCGCUAUCCCAGAACAUUAAGUGUCUCGGACUCGGAGGCAGCAGGGUCCCAUUUCGGUUAUCGUGUCUGUCAGUUUGGACCGGCGCAGGGAGGCAGCAGUGUGUUGGUCACCGCUCCUUUUCAAGACAAUCGGACAGGAGUGGUUUACAGAUGUUCUUAUGACAGUGGCACUUGUAAAGCUCUACCUGUACAAGUGGAGCCAGGAGUUUCAUUAGGAUUGUCACUAGCUUGUAAUGCUGACAGAGCUAUGGUGUGUGGACCACGGCAGCUCCAUGGCUGUGAUACUCUAAACUACCUCCAAGGACUUUGUGUUGAGCUGGGGCCACAGCUUACGGUCUCACAAACACUGAAGCCUGCCUUUCAAGAGUGCCGUGAGUUUGGCUUGGAUGCAGUGAUUCUGUUUGACGGUUCUCAGAGUAUCAUAACCAGAGACUUUGUCACCAUGAUCGACUUCAUCAAGAACAUUAUUCGGAUGUUCACUGCCCCCCGUGCACAGGUGGCAGUUGCUCAGUAUUCGACAGACACCAGUGCUGUCUUCCACUUUGAGGACUUUGUGUCUGACCCUAACCCUGACAACCUGAUGCGAUCCGUGGACCAUUUCCAGGAGGCGACAUACACCCCAUCAGCCAUCCGCUAUGUUCUGUGAGUGACAUACACCCCAUCAGCCAUCCGCUAUGUUCUGUGAGUGACAUACACCCCAUCAGCCAUCCGCUAUGUUCUGUGAGUGACAUACACCCCAUCAGCCAUCCGCUAUGUUCUGUGAGUGACAUACACCCCAUCAGCCAUCCGGUAUGUUCUGUGAGUGACAUACAAUCCAUCAGCCAUCCGCUAUGUUCUGUGAGUGACAUACACCCCAUCAGCCAUCCGCUAUGUUCUGUGAGUGACAUACAAUCCAUCAGCCAUCCGCUAUGUUCUGUGAGUGACAUACACCCCAUCAGUCAUCCGCUAUGUUCUGUGAGUGACAUACACCCCAUCAGCCAUCCGCUAUGUUCUGUGAGUGACAUACACCCCAUCAGCCAUCCGCUAUGUUCUGUGAGUGACAUACACCCCAUCAGCCAUCCGCUAUGUUCUGUGAGUGACAUACAAUCCAUCAGCCAUCCGCUAUGUUCUGUGAGUGACAUACACCCCAUCAGCCAUCUGCUAUGUUCUGUGAGUGACAUACACCCCAUCAGCCAUCCGCUAUGUUCUGUGAGUGACAUACACCCCAUCAGCCAUCCGCUAUGUUCUGUGAGUGACAUACACCCCAUCAGCCAUCCGCUAUGUUCUGUGAGUGACAUACAAUCCAUCAGCCAAAUCAAAUCAAAUCAAAAUCAAAUCAAAUCAAAUUUUAUUUGUCACAUACACAUGGUU